AUGUUGGGCCAGCGAGCGGCAGCCGUUGGGCGUUUUUGGAAGCACAAACGUCAUUUCAAUAGUCUAGCUUGCACCGGAUCAGAAUAUAGUCGUGAAGAUCAUGAACAGUCUUACUACAAGUACGCAUAUAUCGCCGGUGCAGCCGCUGUUGGAAUGCUCGGAGUUCAACAAUUCAUGAGAACCGCGAAAUUGGAUCAUGCAAAAGAGGAAAAGAAUCUUAAGAAGCUGGCAAAUCUUCCAAUGUACGCACAAGAAGAAGUCAAAAAGCAUGGAAAAGAUGCUGACAGAAUUUGGGUCACUUAUAAAGACGGUGUCUACGAUGUGACCGACUUCAUUUCAAUGCAUCCUGGAGGUGAUAAGAUUCUCCUGGCUGCUGGGGCAGCAGUAGAUCCAUUCUGGGCGCUCUACAGUCAACACAAGACAGCUGAAGUGUUGGAGAUUUUGGAAGGGUAUCGAAUCGGAAGAUUGGAUGUGAAAGAUGUUCCAAAAGCAGAACCGGAUGCGUUCUCAAACGACCCGGAACGCCAUCCAGCUCUACUGGUGCGUAAUGCCAAGCCAUUCAAUGCCGAAUCCCCUCCAUCCCUUCUCACCGAUCACUUCUAUACACCUAAUGAACUGUUCUUUGUCCGCAAUCACCUUCCAGUUCCAGAUGUAUUUCGAAAAAAAGGAGACAAUCGUAACAAUACUAACGUUUUGCAGAUUAAAACCGAAGAUCAUCGUCUCACCAUCGAAACGAUGAAUGGGAAGACAAUCGAUUUGUCUGUGGAUGAGUUAAAGAAGAAAUAUAAGUCUUACACGAUUGGUAGCGUUAUUCAAUGUGCUGGAAACAGAAGAGCCGACAUGAAUCAGUACAAGAAAGUGCAAGGAUUGAUGUGGGAGGGUACAGCCAUCAGUAAUGCAGAGUGGACUGGUGUUCGAUUAAGAGAUAUCCUUGCCGACGCUGGAAUCGAUGUGUUCGAUGAGAAAAUCAAACAUGUGCACUUCGAAGGUUGCGAUGUGGACCCGACUGGCACACCGUAUGGAGCAUCUAUUCCAAUGGAAAAGGCUAGAGGGAACGAAGUUAUUGUAGCUUAUCAUAUGAAUGGUGUGGAUAUUCCAAGAGACCAUGGAGCACCAUUAAGAGUCAUUGUGCCAGGAAAUGUGGGAGCUCGUCAAGUGAAAUGGCUCCGCAAAAUUAUUGUCAGUGAGAAAGAGAGCGAUACCUUCUCUCCUGCUGUCAACAUCGGUGACGAGCUGAAAUGGGACACCGUACCAUCCAUCCAAGAGUAUCCUGUUCAAUGCGCUAUCUGCACACCAGCUCCUAACACCAAAGUUGAUCGUGACGAUGGAACUGUCGACAUUUCCGGAUACGCAUGGAGUGGUGGUGGCCGUGGUAUCAUCCGAAUCGAGAUCAGUGUUGAUGGUGGAGAGACAUGGAGUAGUUGCGAGAUGGAGCAAGAAGAGAAGCAAGACAAGGAGCACAUGUACGCGUGGACACUGUUCCGAACUGAAGUGAAGAUUCCGCCAGGAGUCAAGGAGUUCAAUAUCAUUGCCAAGGCAGUUGACAGAUCCUAUAAUACUCAACCAGAGACCGCUAGUGGUAUCUGGAAUGUUCGUGGCCUGAUCCACAAUGCAUGGCACCGUGUUCCAAUUAUUGUAAAGGACUAG